UGAAUUUUGUUGUUUUCAUUUUCAGUUUCGCAAACGCGAACUACAAUGUAUUUUGGCUAAAAAGAAGCGCUUAAAUAUUCUCAAAUCUGUUCAUUCUAAUAAUGAAUUCUCACUUUUAUAAGAACUGAUGGAUUAUUGUUAUUUAUUAUGAGAUAGAAUUAUUUAUUAUGAGUUACUUGGUUAACUUCUAGAAAGAUAGAAUGAGAAGUAUUGGUUUACUGCUACUCAUUAACGAGUUUAUCUUUAUAAAAGCAGGCGAUACAGACAUAAGGUUUUCAUUUGUAAUAUUAAGCCAAGAAAAUGAUUACCACUUUGGAGUUGCUAAAAACUUGAAAGCUCAAAUUUGUGAUCAAGCUUUAGUUUUGAAAGAAGAAUGCCCGCCUAUUUAUUUUUCACAUGUAGAUUUUCCACAUGUAGGGGACUGGACUCUUGUUCCGAUUCUCAAUAAAAUAUAUGAUGUUGCUAGGAAUUCCUCUUGGUUAAUCAUUUUGGAGGAGAGAAGUAUGAUAAGACUAGAUGGCUUAAAAAAGCUUCUUGGGAACUUUGACGAAAAAAAAGAAUUAUGGAUUGGUCAUGCCUUAGAAGACGAGAAUCCCACUAUAAUACAUCAUUUUCUUGAAAGAAAAUUCAAGUAUCCUCAUAUGGGAGCAGGUGUUGCCAUUAGUGUGGCCUUACUGAAAAGGUUGUCUGACAAAAUCUCUUUAGCCAGUAAAUUGACAGACUUCAAUAUAGAUAAAUCAUUUGAACUAGCUUUGUUCAUCUGGAAUGAAUUAAACAAAACUUCACUGAUUCACAAUGAUGCAUUUUGCACAAGCGAAAAAGAAUUUUGUGUCUCGUUUCCUAGGAAAUUUGCGACUUGUAAAGAACCUAUUCCUCUAGACUCAAUUUAUUUUAUUGUCAAAACUUGUUUGAAAUUUCAUUCUGAUAGAGUUCCUGUAGUUUUAAGUACAUGGGCCAAAUAUACAAAAAGGCUGGAUUUCAUCAGUGAUUAUGAAGAUAGUUCGAUUCCAACUGUUUCACUUGGAAUUCCAAAUACUGAAGGUGGUCAUUGUGGGAAAACCAUGGCUAUAAUGAAAUAUCUUAAUGAUAAGUUGGAGAACGAUUAUUCAAUCAGAUGGAUUGUCAUCACAGAUGAUGACACGAUUUUAAGUGUUCAACGAAUUACUGAAUUGCUUUCGUGUUAUGAUCCUAAUGAUGACGUGGCAGUUGGAGAAAGAUACGGAUAUGGUUUGUACAAUUCUCUCGGUUUCAACUAUAUAACAGGGGGUGGAGGAAUGGUUUUUAGCAGAACUUUAUUGAAAAAGUUAUCAGCUAGUUGUAAGUGCCCAUCAAUAUCAGCACCUGAUGAUAUGAUUCUGGGUCAUUGCUUGGCAGAUUUAGGUGUUAAAAUUACUCAUUCACAUUUGUUCCAUCAGGCUAGACCAACAGAUUAUUCGAUGCAAUUCCUGGAAUCCGAUAGGCAUGUGUCAUUCCAUAAACACUGGAUGUUGGAUCCCAUUAAAGUCUACAGAGAAUGGUUCGAGCGAGAGGACAAAAAACUUGUCGAGAGUCACAGUACAAAAAUCGAAUUGUGAUCUUUUUUAUGAGAAAAUAUGGGGCUAUUUGGAUAGAACUGAGAAUAAACCUGUUUUUUAUUA